UUCUUCCUCUUUUUACAGCCUUUCACCAAGCACAGUAGUCCAGCACAUGCCAAAUUAGCUUCCUAACUGCCGAUGAGUAGAUCCAAAUUUCCACACCAAGAUAAUAUGAAAGAUUCAUAGUUGAAGACGCCAAGAGAGUUCAAAUCUCAGCAACAACAGUCGAAGCUAUUUUCCAACAAGGAUUGCUGGAUAGAACGCUGAAAAUUUGGAAGUAAACUGUGGUGAACCGAGAGAUCGAUCUCGUUUGGAUCAAUUUGGAACUUAUGGCCAAAGAUAUAGCUCAAGGUGCAGAUGGUGGUGCUUGGCUGGAGUGCAUAAAGCUAGACAUUGCAAAUUUGCAAUCAACAUCCACUCGUUAUACCAUCUGUAAGGUACCAUACAAGCUUCGGAAUGAGAAAAAUGAUGCUUACAGUCCUCAAACCAUCUCAAUCGGACCUCUUCACAAUCCAAAGGACAAGCCGAAGGAGAAUCUGAAGGCUAUGCAGGAACAUAAAUUGUCCUACAUGCUAUCCCUGCUUGAACGAACACGCAACGAAACAGAUGCUUUAGAAGCUUGUGGUAAAGCUACUUUAGAUUUGGAUGCAAAAAUUCGUCUUAACUAUGAAGAAAAAGUUGAACACUCAGAAACUGAACUUGCCAGAAUGUUGUUAGUUGAUGGUUGCUUUAUACUAGAGCUUUUCAUAAGAUAUUAUAUCAAUGACCUCAGACCUGAUGAUCCCAUACUUCUUAAUCCUCGGAUGAUCUCAGUUGUCCGGCGUGAUUUGGCACUGCUAGAGAACCAGAUUCCGUUCAUUCUUCUCGAGGAGUUAUUUAAGGUAAUACAAGACCAUAGUGAUAUUACUCUACCAGAAUUAAAUGAUCUUGCUAUUUCUUUUUUCAAACUAGAUCGGUCGAGAAAGGGAAGCAAAAGUUGUCAUUUGCUUGAUCUAAUACACAAUUGUUACUCACCGGAUUCUGCAAGCAAACAUGCAACAGCCAAAGGAGAAUGGAAAGUAAUGCAAUGCGCAACAAAACUCAGUUACAAUGGAAUUAAGUUUGCUAGAUCUGACAUUGACAACAAUCACAAGAAAAAGGGAAUUGAGGUUGGAAAUGGUAGUAAAAAAGAUCUAUUUGAUUUGAAGUUUGAAAAGGGUACUAUGAAAAUCCGACAAUUGUGUGUUGAGAAUUCACUCUUCCAAAACCUCAUUGCCAUGGAGCAAUGCUUGCAUGGCCGAGAACAUUUCAUGACAUCUUAUGGGUUACUCAUGGAUUUUCUUGUUGACUCCUCUAAAGACGUCGAGUUUCUUGUGAACAAGGGCAUAAUUCCACACAAUUUUGGUGAUUAUGAAGAAGUUGCACAUCUCUUUAACAAUAUCGGUAAGCAGGUUGUCGUGCGAGACUUUUAUUUUGCAGGAACAUCCGAGGAGGUGGUUAACUACUGCAAAACGAGCUGGUGGCUCAGAUAUGUGCAAUCCUUGCUCCGUGACUAUCUUGCCAAUCCUUGGAUGGCUACAUCGGUCGUUGCUGCCAUUAUCCUUCUAGUAGCUACUUUGAUACAAACCAUCUACUCUGUACUUUCUUAUUAUCAUCGUUGAUCCUGCACAUGUUAUUCAUGGCUAGCUCCACCUUUUGCUCUGCAGACUCCAUGGUUGUAUCUUUCUGCUUCCAAACAUGUGUUGGUCUUGUCCUUUUAGUCUCUUGCUGAAUUUUUUUAUCUAAAUUUGUGUCUGUCUCUCAUGUUAUAAAUUUACUAUGUUGUCAAGGAGUCAAUUCAUAAAUCUGCCAUUAUCUUCGAUA